UUGUGAUAAACUUAUUAAAUAGAUAUUGAUUGAAAUUUAACUUGCCUGUAUCACAAUGACGAAUGAACCAUUGUCGAAAAAGAUCAAGCUCUCAGAAAAUAACGUAGAAGCUAACAAGGAACGCGAAGCAGAGACGCAAGCAGCAAUAGAGAAAAUCGAUGAACUGCAAUCAGAAUUAGAUGCAUUGAACGAUAAAGCCAGUGAGGAAAUCUUGCAGGUUGAAAGAAAAUACAACAAGUUGCGAGAGCCGUAUUACUCAAAGCGAGGUGGUGAAAUCUCAACAAUUCAAGGCUUCUGGGUCACAGCAUUUCUGAACCACCCGCAGAUAUCGGCACUGUUGUCCGAGGAGGAUGAGAAGGCGCUGGCGUACAUGGAGAACCUUUCUGUGAAAGAGAAUGACGACAUUAAGUCUGGCUACAAGGUUGUGUUCACGUUCAGAGAAAACCCAUACUUUUCUAACAGUCUAAUAGAGAAGGAAAUCAAAUUGAACGAGGAAGGAGAGCUGGUGGGAAGUGCGACCAAAAUAGACUGGAAGGAGGGCCAGUCUCUUGUGAGUCAGACACCGCAGCCGAACCAGCCACAGAAUGAGGCAGGUGGCGUGGACAGUUUCUUCCAUUGGUUCUCAGAGGAGGCUUCCUCCGGGCUGGGUCAGGACGAGUUGGGGGAGAUUAUCAAGGAUGACAUCUGGCCGAACCCACUGCAGUACUACUUGGCCACGGAAGAAGGCGACGAAGACGGAGAUGGCGAGGAGGAGUUCGGAGAUGAGGAUGACGAAGAUGACGAUGAUGAGGAUGGGGAUGGCGCAGCUGACGGAGAGGAAGAUGGCGAGGGUGCGGAAGGCAACUAGUCUUUUUCACCAUCGCUUUUCACAAUUCCCGUCUCUGCGAGGCAUGUCUAGCACAAAGCAAUUUAAGCCCCACUCUAGGCCCAAUGUCUUAUUCUAAUUAAAGUUCCCCAAUCGAUUUCAAUGACUUAUUCGACUGGCGCCUACUAUCUCUAUCGUCGGCUGGUUGAUCUUGCGGUCCACAAUGAAAUAUCGAAUUCGACAAAACGGAACCUACACCUUGAAAAGCUGCUAGUCAUAAACUGGGUCAUAUUUUUAUGCACUUCGUCGGUUUAGUGCUUUGUCAGUGGCUAGUUUUACCUUCUGAUUAUUUUAAACCUGAAGUAUGUCCUCUGUGACUGACUUGCGAAUGUAAAACAAUCCACUGCUCAAUGCGAAUUGUUGUUUAUUUUAUUUUUUGAGGCUACCUUUCAGCGUCGCCAUGUUUGUAACUUCUUGAUGUAUUGUUGACUUCUAAUAAUUUCAAGUUCCGUUUCAAAAUUA